AUGGCCUGCACAGAUCCUGAAGGUCGUCUGCCAUAUGCCGGUGGACCAGUGCCCAGGUCUCUGCAGACCGGCGAUUCGGAUGAGUCAGGCUGUUAUAGGUAUUUGAUGAAGGGCUCCGUCGACAGUUCUGGAAAUGUGUGGGUAAAUCCUCCGAUCAGGGGCAGAGGCACAGGGAAAUCCACGAGAAGGGACAGCGCUAUCGUCAUUGAUGGCACUGUUCGAGAUGCAAAUGGCGGAGUUUGGUCUUCGGAGCAAGGCUGCAUGCUUUGGGGCUUGGGCCGGAACCGGACCACUAUAUCACAAACAAAAAAGCAAGCGCAAACGACCGAGAUUACAGAAAUGAACUUCACUCCAACUCCAAGACAAAAUUGGGCUCUUGCACCGGUGUUUACGCCAAAGUCUCACGAUCAGAAUAGAGCUGAGCAAUCGUUGGCGCCUUUUGGCAUGAUAACACCUCCUGCCGAAACCCACAUCCGGUCGAUACUCUCAGCAGAGCACCUCUUUGCAAUCAAGUGCACACAAGCACUGGUAAAAAGUGUAGGGAAUGAUGAUUGCUUCCAGAGUCCCAUGCUCGGGCCGGAGCUCGUUUCGCCAAAGCAAAUUCAGCAUUCGCCAAAGAAGAUCCGGCAUACGCCACGCCUGAAUUUUGCAUCACGAGACCAUCACAAUCAAUACGAUCACACGCGAAUUUCUACUCACGUACAGGAGCUUCCAUGUUCGCCGACAAAAGCCGAGAAUAUUGCCAAGAGCCAAAGGUCGCUACGAGAAGUCUUCGCUCACAUUCAAAACAAAAUCGAGCAUUUCGUACGUACCCACGUCAAGAUCUCGAUCGCCGCGACUGACAUACACGACAAAGGCUUCCUCGACUUCGUCAGGCGCUGUACUAAGUUCAUGGGGAACGCAGAAGAGGCGUCGAAAAUCCUAUACGAGCACCCGGAAUUUCAUGGAUCGCUGGUCUCCGGUCUCAUCUGGCAGCUUGCCGCGGUCCUCAUUUUUCACGAAUCGCUAAUGGACACGUUCAAAUCCCAGCUCAUCCUGCAAUUCAAAGAAGCUUGGUUUGCUGAGGCCGAAGAUCAACAUAACCCAUUUGCGGAUCUCCACAAGACUGCUCUUGAGCGUGCUUCUAUUGCCAGCCAGAUCGUUAUUGUUCCAGGCUUCUGGUCCACCUGGCGCUACGAAAAGGCUCGAGAACUUGCUCAACACUUUCAACGUGCCCUCUCGCCAGCCUGGCACACCGCACAAAGCGCUUCAGCGACGUGCGGCAGUGAAGCCUUUGUCGAACAUCAAGUUGCGCAACGGUGCGCGGCACUCGAGACCAUCGUCCGUUUGAUGCUCGAAGUAGUAGUCCGGCUCCGACAGGACCCAAGAAAAUAUGAGCUGCAGUUUCCGCGUUACCUAGACGCCUUUGAUAGCGAGUCGAUGGUCUGUCCAAAUGCUGCCGUAGGCCAGAAAGAUGGCACGAAGGAUGCAUCGUCGGUAGUGGUGUUAUUGACAAAGUCACCAUGCUUGGUCAUGACGGAGAUGUCGAAGAAAGGACAGGGUGCGUCUGUCCGUAGAGUGGAGUAUAAGGCCGAGCUCCAUGUUGUCAAGGUGAAGGAAAAGUUGUGGCCGGAACCUGCCUCACGACGAGUAUCGCGUUAG